AUGACGAACAAGACACUCGACCCAUACACCGCGAAGGCGGAGAACAACAACCUCUCGCCGCAGGAGAAGAUCGAGGGCCUGCAUGCCAUCUUGAAGAGCGUCAAGACCGGCAUGCUCACCACACGCACCACCUCGGGCGACCUUCACUCUCGCGCAAUGGCGCCCGCUGGACCGUUCAACCCGACCCAGGUGACGCUCGUGUUCAUCGCGAACAAGGCAUCCGCCAAGUUUGACGAGAUCGAGAACGACGCGCACGUCAACGUGUCGUUCUACGACGAGUCGUCGACCAACUGGGCGUCGUACGCUGGCAUCGCCAAGAUCUCCCAGGACAGGGAGAAGAUUGCCAAGCACUGGAGCUCCGCUACCGCUGCGUGGUUUGGCGACCUAAAGGACGGCGUUCACAAGGGCGACCAGCUCGACCCUCGCGUCGCUGUGAUCGAGGUUAUCCCGGAGGAAAUCGGUACUGGCACUCAACGCGCGGAACGGUCGGAAAGGCGGUCGAUGUCGCUGACAAUCUCGAAGGCGGAGGUCCAGCUCUUGAACGGCCUCCAAUCAAAGUAA